GUAGGUGGUGUGCACGACGGACGACUUGGUUACUCGCGUCAGGACGAAGGAUGAGAGGACGCUGCCUGUGUCUCGCUCUCGCCCUCUGGUGGUGUGGGUCGGUCGCAGUCACUAACCCUGACUCUCCAGACGAACACCACGAGACGAAGCAAGUGAUGUUAACCAGUAAGAACAAUGGCAUAUUAGUUGUUGUAUUAGCUCUUGGUUAUAUCCUAAGAAGCCUCGUGUAUAUGGUACUUCCCCGCCUUGACUUUGAAGAACAUGACUCGCCGGUCUGGUUGAAGAAUGAAUACAUCACCACGAGUAUGGUACAAAGAUUAUUCCACAGUUUAAUGGAAGAGAAAGAUGUCUUCUAUACACCCAGGGAACCGUUCUCGCCCCAGUAUUUUUUUCCACAGGAUACUAUUGAAGAAUUAGCUGGAAACAUAAAGACGACUGGUGAAAAAACACUCGACACGACACGAGCGGAGGUUGAGGCGAACUUGAAGCGUCUCCGCGACUUGGCUUCUUCCUUAAAGGGCAAGUUAGCCGAGCAGGCGAGGAGGUACAGUAGACUGGUCGAGGUAGACGCUGGGUACGAAUACAUUGCGGAUUUGGUGAACCUGGUGAAGGUAACAGAGGAGAACAUAGUGGCGGUGGUGGACUAUUAUUCCCGGGAGCUGUUCCACAAUCUUGGGGAACUACUGAAGGGGCUGAAGAGGAGGUACUCUACCGCGAAGCCUAUAGGUUCCAGAGGUGAUAUUGUUACCAUGUUGGAUAAAGUUUUUGGAUUUCAUUGGAAAAUGUGCAAUAAUCCAGAUCUUUUGGGAAACACUAUUGAAGGCGGGAUAAUAUUUCCAACUGCCCAGGAAUUGCAUCGUGUUGCGGUGGUCGGUAUACGGUUAAUGUGUAUAUAUGGUCAACCGCAAGACGACGACUUCACUGAAGACCGCCGCGUCAAGUUAAACCUCUUGCUGAAAGGCUUAAAAGAGAAUGAUGAAACUGGGGCCAGAGAGGACACAACAGCCAAGUACGAUAUUUCUGACCUGAGUCGAGUAUUGGCGAUCUAUGAAGUGCAGAAAGGAGCGUUGAUGGUGGAAUACAUACUACGCCAACAGGCAGAACGUCAAUGGCGCUUAGCACAGAAACGUAUGGAAGCCUUUAUAGAAGCGUACAGGAGAACCACUUUGAACUCUGGUGUCUCUCACUCGACCCUCGACUUCGAGACGUUGAAGACCAUCGCCAGAACUAGAGCAGCAGAUCCAUCCGGUGUUCCUCUCGGGCUGUUGAAGGUUAUCCGCAACUUGGAAUGGGAAAGAAAUAGGCAGAAGAGGCAGGAGCCAUCCGAAGACCAGAGUUAUUGGAAUGUGUUUUGGGCGUUCUUUGGCUUUGACACAGACUACGAAAUGUCCGUCCCUGGUGAGGAUGAUUCCACGAGCAAGUAUGAGGAGGCAGAUUCACAGUAUUUAACAGAUGCGAGGGAGUUGCCGUAUUCACAAGACCUCCACCUACCUACAGGAGAGAGUUACACACACCCGCCGCCCACACAAGAGACCCACGCCCCUACUACUGAUGGUGAGGGUGUGUGCGGCCCAGAGAAGAGUUACCUGUCAGGUACAGUCGUCCAGGGGCCGCCGCCAGUGGAGGUGCGGGGCGGGGAAGAGUCUGUCACGUCGGCGUUUAUUAACAUGAGGUCCUUUUACGAAGUUGGUAACAUGGACCUGGUGGAAAUAUUGACACUGACGAAGGUGACGAGGUCGGUGGUGAAGGUGGACAGCUGGGAGGAGGCGCGCGUCGCUCUGCACAUCCCGGCAGACCUCCUCACUAGACACGAACACUACAGCCAGAAUACUACCACCGGGUUAACUGGAUAUGCACAGCUGGUCAAGUGUGUGAGCGGGGACGUCUGCCUCGAGUGUGACCUUCAUGCCAAGUUCGAGUCGGGGAUGACCGUGUGUUGCUACGGCUGUCCUUCCCAACCUCACUUGACGUUCUCGGGGGGACGCGGUUACUGUGCCUGCUUCUACCUCGCUGAACCACCAAACGCUGAGGGGUAGUUAGUGACCUGGAGGAGGUGGGUCGUGCUGGAGAAAGUGUUGAGGGGUCGUACUGGAGGACUCGGUCUCUUGUGGCUCCAACACUGCUUUCUUCUCCCUUCCUCUUCAUUCCUUCCAUUCCUCUUCUCCCUUCCUCUUCAUUCCUUCCAUUCCUCUUCUCCCUUCCUCUUCAUUCCUUCCUUUCCUCCCUUCCUCCCUGCCUGAUCCGGAGAAAAGAAUACCAACUGUUAAUAUAUAAUUUCCCUAAACAAUAAUUUGGUAAAUUUUUAUCACCUGAACUUAUAAAAAUUGACCUGUUAACCAUUUCAUAAUUUAAUACGAAUUUAAACUAUAUUUUACCAAUGUAUAUCGUGUAGUUUAAUAUAUUGAUGAACAUUAAAUAUGUUCUGGUGUCGAGUUGAACUUUUCCUUAAACCUUCGUCCGCCACAAGAUCUACAAUUGCCUGAUAAUGUGGUGUAGGGAAGCUGCUAACAGGUAGAAGCUGCCACUACUGACACCUUUAACCACCGACACCUUUAACUACCGAUACUGAGAACUGCCAUAAGAAAAAAUUAAAUCCCACUUAAAUUCUAAUGGCGCAGUAGUACCUUGAUGUGAGUGGCAGCCUUUACCUCACGGCCUAGUGGAGGUUUAUGGGCGGUG